AUGGUACACAUUAUCUUGAAUAAUACAUCUAUUAAAGAUGGUGAAAAUAAUGAUACUUCUUCUGGAACUAUAUUAGAAACAGCUUUAUCAGCAACUGCUCGUUUUUGGGUUUUACUUAUCUUUGAAAUUCCAUCAAUUAUCUGUUGUCUUUUUCUACUUUAUCAUUUAUGUUUCGAUCGAACUCUACGAAAUACAUUAAAUAAUCAUGUAUUUAUUCUUAUUUUGAUUAAUGUACUUCUCUCAGAAAUUAUAGAUAUUCCAAAUUAUCUUACUUUUCUUCGUCUUAACUAUGUAUGGCCUCAAAUACCAAUUAACUGUUAUCUAUGGUGGUAUGCUACUUAUGGUAACUUAUAUACAAUAGGUAUGCUAAUGGCUUGGGCUUCAAUUGAAAGACACAUUUGA